AGCAAGAGAAGGCUUCCCCCAACUGGCCUCAGAGAGUUGCAGGCAAUACCAACAAGUCCCUCUCAACUUUGCCAGACCCUCAAGGGGUCAUCAGGCUCCACAGCACCCCUACUGUAUGCAGGAAUGGUGCCGGGAGGGAAGGGGAACCAGCCAGAAAGGCCCCUUUGCUAGGGUUGCAUGUGUCCCUCCCCCCACUCCCCACCACCAGCUGCUACAAGGUCCUGGGCCCACUCACACUGACUGCUGUCCAACAGGAAAUAACUUUGUGUCACAAGCCUUGAACCUCCCCCCACAGCUUCCCACACUCCCUUUCAGGUGUCCUUUUAUACUGGACACCCAGUUCCAGCCACAUUGUUUCUCCAUAUUACGGACAAAGAAACCAAGGCAAAGAAGUCCUUUGCCCUUCUGAGCCCAGACUUGAACCCAGAACAUCACACUCCAUUCCUCCACUGAAUGACAAGAAACCCCAACCAUUAAGUCAGCCUCCAGUCAGAUUUUCAGAACACUAAAUUACAGAAGGGCUGGGCUCUUGACAGCCCCGGACAUCAGAAAAUAGAUGUGUGACUAGGAGCAAGGGGUACAGGGGCUGUGGAUGGGAUAUCAUUCCCAGAAGAGGGAACAGCAAAUGGACAGGAAACCAUGGUGGAGCCCCACUUUCCAGCCUGCAGACCACUCUUACUUCAGCCCUUGCAGAAGAGGAGCAGGGCAUACUAUUCCCUGUAACCCAGGUCUAUCCCUGUAGUGUACUCAGAGUCAGGAUGAGGGCUGGGGUCUUCAAUGCCUGAUAAAAAGACUUCUCUUAAGAGUGCCUCUGGCCCUCUGUCUGCACCUUGAAGGGCCAAGACUAAUUUCUCAACUCCCUAGAACCCUUCCCCAUCCACUUCCCACCUGUGCCCUCCCCUUGCAGGUAACAACAAACUGGACUUCCAGGGGCUGUAAGAAAACUUCUAUCAUUUUCCUUUUUUCCUUGCACUGUAUAUGCCAGGAUUCUUUUUAAAAAGAAAGAAAGAAAGAAAGAAAGAAAGAAAGAAAGAAAGAAAGAAAGAAAGAAAAGAAAAGAAAAGAAAAGAAAAAAGGUGUGGGGUGGAGUGGAGAUGGUGUGCUUAGUAGAACAUACACAUUAACUAUGAGGGCUGGGGGAGGUUAAAGAGAAACCAUAAUGGUUAUGAAAAAAGACUUUCAUGCCUCAGGCACCUAAAAUUCAAUCCAAAUUCAAUCCCCAGCACCACCAUAGACUAGCGCUAAGCAGUGUUCUAGUAAGAGAAGGUAGAUAGGUAGGUAGGUAGGUAGGUAGGUAGGUAGGCAGGCAGGCAGGUAAAUGAAAGGAAAGAGGAGAAGAGAGGAGAGGGGAGGGGAAGAGAGAGGAGAGGAGAAGAGAGGAGAAGAGGAAAGGAGAGCUAGUUUAAGCUCCAGAGUCUCAUCUGUUGGGGGGAAGCUUCAUGCACAGUGAAACAAUGCUACAGGUGUCUUUCUCUUCCCUCUCCUCCCUCUCUACCUUCUUUGUCUCUAAUAGUAAAAAUUAAAAAAAAAAAAAAAAAAGGAAGAAAGGAAGGGAGGAAGAAAAGAAAGAGAAUGAGAACCUAAGGCUGAGUUCCAAGGCAUCUCUGCACCAUCCCUGAUUCAUAUGAAGAGCCAUGGCCUUUUGGCAUUUUUUAGACCUGCCAAGCAUUGAAAUAGAUGGGCCCUACCUCCCCCAGGACUCUGACUAGCCAGUGCCCCCCACCCUACCACACACACACACAUACACACACACGCAAACCUAGAAUGCAACUCUGAAGAGCAAAUCUACAGAAACCUAACCUCUAAUAUGAAUAGCUUUCCAAGAAAAAGAGUACUUUUUCCUUCUCUUUCAAAAUUGUGACUUGCAAAAGCAGCUAGAAAAAAAAAAAAAAAAAAGCUUUAGGUUAGAGGCCCCAGUCCCCACCUGCAGGGGGAAAGCUUUGCAAGUGGUGAAGUAGGGCUGCAGGUGUCUUUCUCUCGAUGUCUCCCCCUUCCUCUUGACUUCUGACUGUCUCUACCCAAUAAAUAAAUAAAAAAGCUUUUUUAUUCAGUUGAAAGACUAGCCAUGCAUUCUGCGUUCUGGGGUCUUGUUCAGUACCCCUGAGCUUGGUAAUUGUAUCCAGCCCCUUCAGGCUGUCCCCUGGAUGCUUGUUACAGGAGCAGAGGGUAGAGGUCCCCAACCCUGCUGCCAUCUUCCUCAGGUUCUGGCCUCAGAUUGCUAUGAAUGGCCUAGGGGUUGACCCUUCCCUUUGUUAGAUGUCCUAGCCCCAGUGUAUAAACUAUACUUGAGUUUCCACCCUGUUACAGGACCACCCUGCUCUGAGACCCAGGCAGCCAGAGUCCUGUGAGGCCUGGGAAAGGCAGUUCUUUCAGCAUCAGCUCCAAAUCCAUUCUGCCAGGAAGUUCCCCCGGAAUGACUUUCCAACUCACACAUAUCAGUUCAUCCAGCAGCCACUGGGGACCUUCUCCAUCUUGUUCCUGAAGAGGAGAUGUGGAAGCCCAAGAAGCGGUGCUUGGUGCAGAGCCUCAGUUCUUCAUGAAGGUCAAGUGUCCAGGGUGCAGUAACAUCACCAUUGCACUUAGUCAUGCACAAAGGGUAAUUUUGUGCAUUGGCUGCUCCACUGUCCUCUGCCAGCCUACAAGAAGAAGAGCAAGACUUACAAAGGGAUGCUCCUUCAGACAGAAACAGAACUAAAAGCACCCUGAACCAAGAUGAAUGGGAAGCCGUAUCA